GGUAGUCUACACCUGGUUCACAUUUUCUUGAUUUACUCUUUGUCCUUUAAAGAGGGCUGGAGAUUCAGUUCUGGUGAUCUCUCUCAAUCUUCACAGCCAGAAAAGUUCACAAUGAUGGUGAUGCGUGCAGCCGUGGGUCUCUGGGUCCUAUCAGCGGUGAUCUACGUGGGCAGCGCCAACAGCGUCUCCCUGGUGACCGAAGCAAACAACGAGUUUUCCUUCCGACUCUACAGGAAGUUAGCAGCUGAUGCUGACUCACAGGGAAAGAAUAUCUUCUUCUCCCCGGCUAGUGUGUCGACCUCCUUGGCUGCGUUGUCCGUGGGAGCGCAGGGGGAGACUCACCGUCAGCUUUUCAGUGGUCUGGGCUUCAACAGCUCCCUCCUGACUCAGACAGAUGUGGACCAGGCCUUCCAGAUGUUCCUCCAGAGCCCCAACAACACAUGUCAGGACACCACUGAAGGGACCGCCGUGUUCGUGGACAACCGCUUCAAGCCGAAGCCGGAGUUCCUGCAGACCCUGAAGCAGUCGUACCUCACAGAUGGGUUCAAUGUGGACUUCACCAAAGCCACAGAAAGUGCUGGUACCAUCAAUAAGUACGUGGAGGAGAAGACCAACAGGAAGAUUGACAAGCUGGUGGAAGACCUGGAUCCAAACACAGUCAUGUAUCUCAUCAGCUACAUCUACUACAGAGGAAAGUGGGCGACUCCGUUUGACCCGGAGCUCACCGAGGAAGAUUACUUCAAUGUGGACGAGAACACCAAGGUCAAAGUCCUCAUGAUGAAUCUGGAGGAUAGUUUCAACACCUAUCGCGACAACGUGCUGAACGGGACUGUCCUUCAGCUUCCCUUCACCAGCUCCUACUCCAUGCUGCUGAUGUUGCCUGAUGUCAUGGCAACACUGGAGAAAACCAUUGGCCCACACCGGGUCACCAAAUGGUUGCAGUGGAUGAAGCCAAGGAGACUUGAUGUAUAUAUUCCAAAGUUUUCCAUCAAGACUUCCUACAACCUCAAUGAUGUGCUAUCAGAAAUGGGAAUGACAGACAUGUUUGGUGAGCAUGCAAAUUUGAGAGGCAUUUCAGAGGAGCAAGGACUGGCAGUCUCAGAUGUUGUGCACCAAGCUACGAUGGACAUUGACGAGGCCGGAGCCACCGCUGCUGCUUCCACAGGCUUCAACAUCGAACUGCUUGCCUUCGUGGCCCCGGCCCCUGUGUUGACGUUCAGUCGUCCAUUCAUGGUCAUCAUCAUUGAACGUAACACGGAGGAAAUCCUCUUCAUGGGCAAGAUUAUCAACCCAACAAUCUGAUGGAUCAUCACUUUGUGUUUGCUCGAGGACAGCUGUUGCAUCUCAAAAGAAUCUGAAAACAA